AUGCAUUGGUCUUCAUUCUUUACCAGAGCUUUGGCUCUGUUGACUGCUUCCUCCUCCUACGCCGAAGCAACACUCUCCGCGCAAUACGAUGUCGUUGAACAGCUUCACAGGGUCCCGGAUGGAUGGGUGCAGGGCUCGCGGCCGCCGCCCUCCAUGUUGAUCCAGUUCCGCCUAGCCAUGCGACAGCCACGAGCCCGCGAAUUCGAGCAACUGGUGCUGAAGAUCGCUACGCCCGGCGACGAGAUGUACGGCAAGCAUAUGAAACGCGACGAUGUGAAGAGCUUCUUGCAGCCUUCCGCCGAAAGCUCGGAGGCCGUUCUGUCCUGGCUCAAGUCAGAAGGCGUCUCGGAGGACUUGAUGACAGUGAGCAGCGAUUGGGUCAAGUUCAUUGUGCCUGUGAAGCAGGCUGAACACAUGCUGAACACCACUUUCUACGUUUUCCACGACCAUGACAGCAACAGCAACAGCUACAGGGUUCGCACCCUCGAGUACUCCGUCCCCCACAGCAUUCAUCGCCAUAUCCAGCUCAUCCAGCCAACAACCCAUUUCGGCAAGUCAAAGCCUCACAGGAGCUUGGUUUUCGACAAGGUAGAGGUUGAAGCUCCGAACAGCAGGACUGCCGCUGAUUGCGGGACCUCUGUGACUCCCGACUGCCUGCGCCAGUUGUAUAAGCUUGGUGAUUUUGUCGCCAAUCCAGAUCCGCGUAACAAGCUGGGAAUCUCCGGUUACCUGGAACAAUACGCCCGGUACGACGACCUCGAAGCCUUUUUGAACGAAUACGCCCCGAACAUGGCAGAUGCCAACUUCACGGUACAGUCUAUAAACGGCGGCUUGAACGAACAAUCCUCGCCAUCGGACAGCACGGAGGCCAGCUUGGAUAUUCAGUAUGGAGUCGCCUUAGCAUACAAUGUCCCGACAAUUUUCUUUAGCACUGGAGGUCGCGGCCCUCUGGUGCCUGAUUUGAGUCAGCCAGAUGCUAAUGACUCGUCUAAUGAGCCGUAUCUGGAACAACUUCAUUACCUUCUGGAUCUACCCGAUGACGAACUCCCCUCAGUGUUGUCAACCUCUUACGGCGAGAACGAGCAAACAUUGCCGGAGUCGUAUACCAACACAACGUGCAAUCUCAUUGCUCAACUAGGGGCUCGAGGAGUCUCAGUGAUCUUCAGCAGUGGGGAUGAAGGGGUAGGCUCAGUGUGUCUAUCAAAUGAUGGCACCAAUACCACCAAGUUCGACCCGGUUUAUCCGGCAUCAUGCCCGUUUGUCACAUCCGUUGGAGGCACCUACCAAAUUAACCCGGAGCGAGCCAUCAGCUUUUCAUCCGGCGGCUUCUCGGAUCGUUUUACCCGUCCUUCAUACCAGGAUGAUGCUGUGAGCUCGUAUCUUUCGGGUCUGGGUGAUAAAUGGCAGGGCCUCUAUAAUGCCCAGGGACGUGGGUUCCCAGAUGUGGCGGCCCAGGCUCAUGCGUACAUCGUGCAGGACCAUGGAAAAUUCGUCAAAGUAGAUGGAACCAGUGCUUCUGCGCCAACCUUUGCUGCAAUUAUUGCAGACUUGAACUCGGUGCGUCUCAGCAAUGGCCAAUCUACGCUAGGCUUUCUCAACCCAUGGAUCUACUCGCUGAACGGCUCUGGGUUCACCGACAUCGUCGACGGUGGCUCGACCGGCUGCACCGGGAUACAAACGCGAUCGGGACUUGAAACACCGCUUGUUCCUUAUGCCAGCUGGAAUGCUACCGGUGGUUGGGAUCCUGUAACGGGCCUGGGAACGCCCUUGUUUGACGCUCUUGCGCAUUUAUUUGCGAAUUUUCCUAUUGCUCUCGUACAACAUCUCCUACCUCCCUCUUCGAUCGAUAUGUCGGACCUCAAGACCUUCGUUUCACAGCUCCAGAAGGACCUCGAGCAGAGGAAGCUCGACAACGCUGUCAGCGUGCUGUCCCAGGCCAAGCGCGCUCUCUUGCAACAGAAUGCCCUCUUCCCAUCCACAUCGCUUUCGCCGCAAGUCCACUCGCAAGCUCGCGAGAUCCUCGAGCUCGGCGCCAUCACAUCCCUCCGGCUGAUGGACUCGGAAUCGUUUAUUCGGUAUUACCAACAACUUCAACCAUUUUAUGACUUUGAACGAGAGAUUCCGGGGGGUUCGACGACGGCAUACAAGGACAUCUCAAAGACGAGCCAGCGGAGCAAGAUCACGGGGCUGUACCUGCUGUUGCUGCUGAGCUCGGGGGAUACGUCGCAGUUUCAUACCGUGCUGGAGGGCCUCACUGUGGAAGCUUCUUUAAAGGGCCACAGUGUCGAGGACGACCCAUUCAUCAAAUACCCAGUCGAGCUUGAGCGGAGUUUGAUGGAGGGCAGCUACGACAAGGUGUGGAGGGCAACGAAAUCCUCAGAGGUUCCCACGGAAGACUUUGGUUUAUUCUCGAAUGUCCUUGUUGGUACGAUCCGAAGGGAAAUUGCCGAUUGCUCGGAACAGGCCUACCAGUCACUUCAGAUUUUCAACGCAAAAAACAUUUUAUUCCUCGAGUCCGAGGGUGCCGUCAUCCAGUUCGCCCAGGAGCGCGGAUGGAUCAUCAAAGAUGGCCACAUAUACUUCCCUACUCAGGCGGAUGCCGUUACCCCGGUGCCCAGCGCAACAGGCGCAGUCGAGGGCGGACAACGCCCAGAAAAGGCUAUUGCUCUCACGAGCGCCACGGUCAUCCAGAAUACAAUCGGAUACGCAAGGGAGUUGGAAACUAUUGUUUAA